GGUACUCUCCCCUGACCUCGGGCAUGUGGUCGUCUGUCUCCUGACCAACAUUUUUUUCUCUCGAUGACAACUUUAGUUUCUCGUCAUUAGAACCGUUAUAUAGGAUUUAUCACACACUUAUAAGGACUAGAGAGUUAUACAAGACCUGAGGAAGACCCAGACAGGAGCUGUGAGGAGUUUGCGAGGAUGUUUCGAGUAGCUGGGUCCGUCACCGCCUCCCGACUUUCUGCAGUGUGCUGCAGGACGGUGACCGCCAAGCAGUUCCAAGUUCACGGUGCCAGUCUACAUGUCUUGUCGUCAGAAACGUCCAGAAAGUCCAGAAAUGGCCCUGCUCACCACAGGAUCCCUCCCUCAUGGCAGAGUGUGCGGACUAUGGCAUCCGCAGGAGAUUCCCAGGCCAAGAUUAACUAUAUCUUUUAUGGGCUAGCUGUGUUAUUUGGUGGUGGAGGCAUCAUUUAUUGGUGGUCACGGAAGUAUAUGCGGGAAACAUCCAAAGAUGGGAAUAAGACAAAGAAAUCUACAGCUGCUGUGCCUGCUGAGAGUAAGGAAGCCACAGAGCCUGUUUCUGAGAAGCCCACAUCAGAAACUACUAAAUCAGAAGCUCCACCUGCCGAGCUGCCACCUACAGAAACACCUGCUGAAGCAGCAGCACCUGAUGCUGAAAGCAAGAAACUGUUGGACGCCAUGCCUCAGUCCUACCCUGACUACGAGGUCAUGCCUGAUAUCCCGGGCCACGCCAAGUACCUGCUGAUCGGAGGGGGGACAGCAUCGUUUGCUGCUUUCAGAGCGAUCAGGGCGAGCGAUGCCAAGGCUCAGGUCCUUGUGGUGACAGAAGAGGAGGAGCUCCCCUACAUGAGGCCACCCCUGUCCAAGGAGCUGUGGUACAGCGAUGAACCCAAACUGGUCGAGAAACUCAAGUUCAAACAGUGGAAUGGCAAGGAAAGAAGUGUCUACUAUAACCCACCAUCCUUCUAUGUGGAGCCUAAAGAGUUGGCGUACCAGGAAAAUGGAGGAGUGGCUGUUGUCAAAGGAAGAAAGGUGAUGAAGCUGGACCCACAGAAGCAGGUUGCAGUGCUGGAUAAUGGGUGGGAAAUCUUCUAUGACAAAGUUCUCAUUGCCACGGGCGGCAGACCUCGGAACAUCCCCGUGUUCGAGAGGGCGUCACAGGAAGUCAAGGACAGAGUCACUCUCUUCAGAGGAAUCAAGGAUUUUAAGAGACUGGACGAGGUGUCGAGAAAUGCGAGCACCAUCGUGGUGGUGGGAGGGGGGUUCCUGGGCAGUGAGCUGACUUGUGCACUGGGGAAGAGGAGUAGGGACUCCAGUCUCAAGGUCAUCCAGAUGUUCCCAGAGCCAGGGAAUAUGGGAAAAGUUCUCCCUGAGUACCUGAGUCAAUGGACAACAGCUAAAGUUCGGGGAGAGGGAGCUACUGUGAAACCAGAAACAUUUGUGAAGAGAGCCAGGUUUAGUGAUGGCAAGGUCAUCCUCAAACUCAACACUGGAGAAGAGAUCUCUACAGACCAUGUAGUGGUGGCUGUGGGCCUGGAGCCUAACACAGAACUGGCCAAGGAGUCAGGACUGGAAGUAGACGACACGUAUGGAGGAUUCAGGGUCAAUGCUGAACUAGAGGCCAGAUCUGACAUCUGGGUGGCUGGUGAUGCCUCCUCAUUCUACGACAUCAAGCUGGGUCGGCGGAGGGUUGAGCACCACGAUCACGCCGUGGUCAGCGGCAGACUGGCCGGGGAAAACAUGACUGGCGCCAGGAAACCUUACUGGCAUCAGUCCAUGUUCUGGUCUGACCUAGGACCAGAUGUGGGGUAUGAGGCCAUUGGUAUUGUGGACUCCUCCCUGCCGACUGUAGCCGUCUUUGCCAAGGCGACAGAGAAGGACACUCCUAAGGCAGUCGUGGAGGAGACAGGAGAGAGCCUGAGAUCUGUCACAGAGACUGAAGCUGAAGCCACACUGCCAACCAAAGAGGAGACUGUGGCAGCCGUGUCUGGUGAAACAACAGCUCCCCCAGAAGUUGAGAUAAAAGACCCAUCUGACCCGGCCUCUGCAACUGGAGUUGAGCCUUCAGCCUCUGAAAAGACUGAGAGUGCGACAGAUGAAGAACCAGCCCCUGAUGUGGAGGCAGCUGCCAAGCUUGUCGCUGAAGUGGAAACUGAGAACAGGGUCGCCCCCACACCCAAGGAGGAUUAUGGAAAGGGCGUGAUCUUCUACCUGAGAGACGACAUCAUUGUUGGCAUCGUGCUGUGGAACCUGUUCAACAGAAUGCCCAUCGCAAGAAAGAUUAUCAAGGAGGGGAAGCAGCAUCAGGACCUGGCAGAGGUCGCCAAACUGUUUGAUCUUCAUGCAGAUGAAGAUUGAUGCAGGCCUAAUGGAUGAUUUGCCGUCUAUCUCUAACUUGGAUGAUUGUGUGUAGAAAGUAUAACCUAAAGCAUUCUGAUUAUAUCAUGAAACUACAUGGGAUAGAGAAUUGCCAAUGCAUUCUCCAGACUGAUGCACUCGUUUAUGGUUAUCUAUAGAAUCUGAUGAAAUGUAGAUUCUACCAUCAUAAGAAUUGAAUGGAAGGAACAGCUGCUAAUGUUGAGUCUGAAGCUACUGAAUGGUGUGUGUUUGAUUGUAAAAUUGCUCAUUACCAACCCCAGCUUUUUAAAUACACGUUCCUAAAAUCUUCACCGUUCAUUCUUCUAAAUCUUGAUCCACAAAAUUAUGAGAUGAAAUUUGGUUAGGAUUUCUUACCUGUACUUAAACCAGGACAUUGUAAUCAAUUGUCUGACUAGAUGUUUUUAGGCUGGUAAGUUACUAAGUAAUGUAACAGUUUUCUUCACGUCUUACAUGUACAGAUUAUCAUUACAAAGGCAAAAAAUAACCUCUUAAGAACACUGCUCUAGGGUAAGGAAUAGGAAAGCUUGAGGCUUUGGUAAGGGUUGCAGACUUGUGAGUUGGGGUGAAAGUUAUUUCUCCUUAGGGGAGAGCU